AUGGCCACCGCGGCCCCGGGCGCAAAGCCCAAGCCCAAGCACAAGGCUGCCACCAACAAGCCCUUCGUGCUUGUCCCGCUGUACAUCUACCCGUUCCCGACGGCCUGGGACCCCCUUUAUGUGGCGGCCGAAUCCCAUCCCGAGCUGGACUUCCUCGUCGUGGUCAACCCCAACAGCGGCCCCGGCGCCGACGUCCUCCCCGAUGCCAACUACAUCGAGGCCUUGGCCAGGCUGACCGCUGCCCCCAACGUCAAGGUCAUCGGCUACGUCCACUGCAGCUACGGGAAGAGGCUGCUGGACGAGCUCGUGGCCGAGGUGAGUGCGUACCGCGGCUGGACGCACGCCUCGGAGCGCAGGGAGGAUGGAAAGGCCAUCGUGGUGGACGGCAUCUUCUUCGACGAGGUCCCGUCCAGUACCGUGUUUGUCCAGUACAUGACCUCGCUGGCGACUGCCACCAAGACCAUUCUCAACCGGAAUCCUGCGCCCGAGGAGGACACGGGGGAUGGUGCGGACGACGGUGGCGAGGCCAAUGAUGCCCCAGCCGCAGCAGAACUUGACUCGGCGUUGCCAACAUCGACCACCAGCCCCGCGGUCCCCCGCGCCCCCGCCGCAGCGCCAUCCAUGGCGGCAGCGCCAACGCCCCCGUCCAACUCGACCGCCAUCGUCAUCUACAACCCGGGCGUCGUGGUCGACCCCAUAUUCUACCUAGCAGCGGACUACGUCGUCGCCUUCGAGAACGCCUCGCGGCAGUGGAACGCCCCGGCCGUGACGCAGGGCUUCGCCCGCCUCCCCCGGCCCCUGAGGAACAAGUCGAUUGCCGUGGCACACAGCGCGGCAGGCGGCUUCGUCGAGAUCGGGCAGCUCAGUAGAAAGUGCUUCGAGCUCGGCUGCCCGGGCCAGUUCAUCACUACGAGGCCCGGGUACGAGGACUGGUGCCCCUCCUGGCCUGAAUUUGUCAAGGAGUUGUCGCGGCGCGCAGCGGGCUGA